AUGAAAUUAGAAGAAAGUCGACGGCGAAUUUUUACGUCAAAUGGCGAAGAAAAAUUAAACAGAAUUAAUGUGGAUCAACGCAAUCUUCGGUACGUAUAUGAUUAUGUGACGACGUUAUUGGAUUUGAGUUGGAGUUGGAUUUUGUUAUUGCUGGCAGUGACAUUCGUCAUUUCUUGGUUAGUAUUCGCUGGAAUAUGGUUCGGUAUCAUGAAGAUUCAUGGUGAUUUCGGGCCCAUCGAUCAUGUAAAUUGUGUUGACGGGGUGAAAACAUUCACUGGAUGUCUACUGUUGUCUAUUGAGACUCAGCAAACAAUCGGAUAUGGAACACGGUCGGUAACUGAACAAUGUUCUAGUGGUCUUAUACUUCUGGUAGUUCAAACAUGUUUCGGCCUAAUUCUUCAAUCACUUUGGGUCGGUAUUGUGUACACGAAAUUGAUCCGUCCCAAGAAACGUCGUCAUACAUUACUUUGGUCCCGUCAGGCUGUCAUCAGCCUUCGUGAUAAAUAUUUAACGUUACAAGUUCGUCUCGGUGAGAUUCGAAGUCAGUCAAUUUUACUCGAUGCUCAAAUUCGAAUGUAUUUCAUCUCGAGACGGAUCACUCAAGAAGGAGAGAUUAUUCCUCUAGACUUACUAGAUAUGAAUGUUGGCUUUGAUACUGGUCGAGAUCGUCUCUUACUUGUAUGGCCAUUGGUUAUCGAGCAUCGAAUCGAUUCGAAAAGUCCAUUAUGGUCUUUGGAUAGAGAAAAGUUAACAAGUGCUGAUUUUGAACUACUAGUAGUUUUCGAAGGAGUAAUCGAAUCAACAGGCCUACUUACACAAACAAGACAUUCUUACAUUCCCGAUGAUAUAGUUUGGGGAGCCAGAUUCGAACCGAUGUUGCGUAAUGAUCCGGACGCUCCAUUGACUAUCGAUUACUCGAAAUUUGAUGCUCUCUAUUGCGAUACUUGUACCAAGCCAUGUUCAGCAAAUGAAUUGUAG